AUGGCGUUCACGUGGAAGCGCAGCUGCGGGCGCGACGUCAAGCACUGGCACAACAGAUGCCUGUGCGGGGUCACCUACAACAAGAUGUACGGCGGCCACCAGCAGACCAGGGGCGCCCAGCAGCAGCAGCCCAGAGGUGCCGCGGCUUGGGGACCACAGAGGCCGCGAAGCCAGAGCGCAGGGAAGCAACCAGACGUAGUGGUGCAGAGCUACAUACGACGGCUUCCCCCGAUGCCUCACAGGGCGGCGAGGACGCACUCGGCGCAUCGGACCCCGCCGACGCGACAGACCGAAGUGCAGAGCUUCAAGAAGGAGCUACACAGCCAGAUGGAGAAGCUAGCCAGCCUGGCCAUCAUGGCCAAGAAAGCGAACAAAGGGGAAGAUGCGGACAGACACGACAUGGAGUUGAUGGUGCUGAAGUCGGCGCUGAACAGUUUGAAUACAAUUCGGGAUCAAAAAAAGGAUGUGAACUUCAAGCUGGACAAAGCCAAGGACCAGUUGAGCAACGCGAUGAGCCGUAUGCAGUCGCUGGCAGAUCAGCAACAGGAGAUCGAGAUGGAGAUAGCGCAGCUAGAGAGCUGCUUGAACGAACUGAACGAGAUGCCAGAGGAG